CGGGAAGGGUAGUCACCACAGCCGUCAGGUCCACGUCAGAGCGCCGAGAGCUGCUGCGCGCGGAGCACACGACCAUGGAGGCCGCGACCACGGUGGCUGCGGCCACGACGGCCACCGUCACGAGCGCGCUCACCGAGGCCAUGGCGACGAUGACGACGACGACGACGUCCUGGACGGAGCUGCCGGCGAGCACGGCCGCGCCCGCCGAGCUGCACGUCAUGGGCUGGGUGGACAUAGCCGUCUUCGCCUGCAUGCUGGCCGUGUCCACGGCCAUCGGCGUGUACUUCGCGUACUUCGUGAAGGGCGCCAACGACUCCGAGGCGGACUACCUGGUGGGCGGACGCACCAUGAGCAUGGUGCCCGUCGCGCUGUCCCUCUUCGCCAGCUUCAUCUCCGGCAUCGCGCUGCUCGGGUACCCCGCCGAGGUGUACGUCAACGGCGGCCAGGUCGUGUACAACAUGCUGUCCUACCCGCUCACGGGCUUCUUCCUCGCCUACCAGAUGCUGCCCGUCUUCAGGGAGCUGAAAGGGCUGUCCCUCUACGAGUACCUCGACAGACGUUUCAACAGGAAUUGUCGAUUCAUCGCCAGUUUUCUCUUCCUCGUAAGCCAGAUCGUAUGGCUGCCCAUAGUCAUGUACAUCCCAGCCCUGGCCUUCGAGCAAGUGACCAAGGUCGACCUGCACAUCGUCGGCCCCGUGGUGUGCUUGGUCUGCAUCUACUACACGACCGUGGGCGGGGUGAAGGCCGUGAUCUGGACGGACGCCUUCCAGGCGAUCAUGAUGCUGGGCUGCAUCGUCAUGGUGGCGCUCAAGGGCGUUGUGGAGGUGGGCGGCUUCGGCGUCGUCUGGGAGAGAAACGUCAACAGCGGCCGGCUGGAGGCGCCCUCGUUCGACCUGGACCCUACGACGCGGCACACGUUCGUAGCGCUGAUCCUGGGCGGCGUGGUGCGGCACACGGCGGACCUGGCGCUGAGCCAGAGCAUCAUCCAGAGGUACAUGGCGCUGCCCAGCAUGGGCGCCUGCUACAAGGCCACGGCCAUCCUAAUGGUGUGCACCUUCAUGCUCAACUUCACCGCCUGCUUCUGCGGGUUCGUGGCGGCCGCCUACUACUACGACUGCGACCCCAUCACCAUCGGCGUGGUCAGCGCCAAGGACCAGAUCAUCCCCCUGUUCGUCCUGGACGUGCUCUCGGACAUACCCGGGCUCACCGGCAUGUUCAUCGCGGGCGUGUUCAGCGCGGCUAUGAGCUCGCUCUCCACCGGCUUCAACUCGAUCGCCGCGGUGGCGCUGGAGGACCUGGUACGCUCCAUGUUCGGCUGGACGCCCACCGAGCGCCAGACCCGCUGGCUGCUGCGGGGGGUCGUGGUGGCCACGGGGCUCGUCAACCUCGCGCUCAUGUUCGUCGUCGAGCACCUCGGCAUGGUGGUGCAGCUCAACGUGAGCGCCUCGGCCAUGGCGGCCGCCCCGCAGGCCACCAUGUUCGCGGCGGGCCUGUUCCUGCCGCACGUCAACGGCCGCGGCGCGAUGCUGGGCGCGCUGUGCUCCGCCUCGCUGGUGGGCUUCAUCGUGAUCGGCGCACAGACCGCCAUCGCCACCGGCAGGAUCCACGUCAUGCCCAAGCCCGUCUCCAUCGACGGCUGCGACCUGCCGCCCGGGACCAACUUCACGCUGCCGCACCUCCAGGAGCACGACGACUCCGACGUGCUGUGGCUGUGGCGCAUCUCCUACUUGUGGUACCAGCCGGUCGCCAUCACCUUCGGCCUGCUCGUGGCCUCGGCCGCCGCCCUGGCCGGCUGGCGCAACGACCUGCGCGACGUGGACCCGAGGCUCCUCGCACCCGCGGUGCGCCGCUUCAUGCCCCAGAAGGCCAAGGCGCAGAGCGCGCAGGACGACGCCGCGCAGAUGGCCCUGUUGCAGGUGGACCUCCAGCGUACACUGAACGAGUCGGAGAGAAGGGGUAGCAACUGAACGCCACACUGGAGCUUGUCGUCAUACGGCCAAGAAACCCACAUUAAGUAAUUUAUCACACUGUAAAUAGUCACGGAUGCAAAACCAGUAUCCGCCGCUGCACUGCCAUCCUGUUCUCAGCUCCUUUCGAAGUGCCAAUCGCAUUAAAUAUUAAAGUCCCUCACGCA